UGUACCUGGUGGCAUACCUGUAUCGCUUCGUCUCUUCAUUUCCAGUCUACCCAUUUCAUUAAUUACGUCUUUUCAUGUAGUUUGGAUACCUUUUUUUUUAGUACUUAAUUUCAUGGUGUGAGGCGUUGGGACCAUGUGGUCGUUGAACCUUCACAAUUUCUGAAUCGACUGGAAUUCGGUGUUCAAUUUGGAUUUUGCAUUGCUUGGAAUUGUCCGAUCGGCAGGUGAGGUGGUGAAGAACUGAAGGGAGCACGAUGAUCAAGUUGUUUAGUGUGAAGCAAAAGCAGAAAGAAAAUAGUGCGAAUGGAAGACCCAUCAAUAAGCAAAGCGCUGGUGAAUUGCGAGUCCAGAAAGAUAUAAGUGAGUUAAAUCUUGCAAAGACAACUUCUAUAAGCUUUCCGAAUGGGAAGGACAAACUUCUCGACUUUGAGAUCACUAUUCGCCCGGAUGAGGGCUUCUAUCAAGGAGGCAUUUUCAUAUUCAGUUUUCAAAUAUCGCAGGUGUAUCCUCACGAAGCACCAAAGGUCAAAUGCAAGACAAAGGUUUAUCAUCCAAAUAUAGAUCUGGAAGGCAAUGUGUGUCUGAAUAUUCUUCGUGAGGAUUGGAAGCCUGUGCUGAGUGUAAACUCUAUCAUAUAUGGUCUCCAAUAUCUAUUCUUGGAUCCCAAUCCAGAUGAUCCACUUAACCAUGAUGCUGCACAAGUUUUGCGAGACAACCCUCGACAGUUUGAACAAAACGUGCGGAGAUCAAUGGCUGGUGGCUAUGUCGGAGGCCAUCAUUUCCCUAGAUGUAUUUAACCUCAUUUUUUGAAUAUUAAUCAAUUUUGUAAGCCUGCAGGUCAGUGGCUCAUUCGUUUGAGCACAUUGUCGUCAUCAAUCACUGUAGAAUGGUGUUGUAGUGGACACUAGAUCCAAUUAUUGGAUGCUGAGUAGUUUUUAAGUGCUAUGUUAAUCCUGCAGUCCUCUUUUGAGUCAACACUGCCUGAAACACCUUGUGUGAAAUGUAAUUUUGGAGAACCAGAAUUCAUGGUUCUUUUGAAAGAAGUCCGUGCCUGGUACGUUGAGGUGUACUGGCCAAGGGUACUUUACUGACCUUGGUCCAAGGCUGGGAUUGUGCACA